AUGAGGGGGGGUCGGCCGUCGUUGGGGCGGAGACCUCCCGCGGGCGCUAGCCCAGCCCGGCGGCCGGCAGCCCGGCCUGGCUCUCCGCGCCGAGGCCCGGGGCGCGGCUCCAGCCCCGGCGUGCGCACCGGCCUCCGGGACGGGUUCCCCGCCGCGCUCUCCACGCAGACCUGGGCCAGGGCCGCCAAGCGCGCACCUCCGGUCCCUCCUCAGAUCCCCGCCCGGCUGCCCGCCACCUCCACCGGAGAGUCAGCCGCCGGCUUCCUGACGAGAACCAGGCAGAAUCACCGAGCGGACGUGUGGACCCCGAGCGGACGUGUGGACCCCGAGCGGACGUGUGGACCCCGAGCGGACGUGUGGGACAGGACCCCGAGUGGAAGUGUGGACCCUGAGUGGACGUGUGGGACAGGACCCCGAGCGGACGUGUGGGACAGGACCCCGAGUGGAAGUGUGGACCCUGAGUGGACGUGUGGGACAGGACCCCGAGCGGACGUGUGGGACAGGACCCCGAGCGGACGUGUGGACCCCGAGCGGACGUGUGGACCCCGAGCGGACGUGUGGGACAGGACCCCGAGUGGACGACCCCAAGUGGAAGUGUGGACCCUGAGUGGACGUGUGGACCCUGAGUGGACGUGUGGACCCCGAGUGGAAGUGUGGACCCUGAGUGGACGUGUGGACCCCGAGCGGAUGUGUGGGACAGGACCCCAAGUGGAAGUGUGGACCCUGAGUGGACGUGUGGACCCUGAGUGGACGUGUGGACCCCGAGUGGACGUGUGGACCCUGAGUGGACUGGACGUGUGGACCCCGAGUGGACGUGUGGGACAGGACCCCGAGUGGACGUGUGGACCCCGAGUGGACGUGUGGACCCUGAGUGGACGUGUGGACCCCGAGCGGACGUGUGGGACAGGACCCCAAGUGGAAGUGUGGACCCCGAGCGGACGUGUGGACCCCGAGUGGACGUGUGGGACAGGACCCCAAGUGGAAGUGUGGACCCCGAGCGGACGUGUGGACCCCGAGUGGACGUGUGGGACAGGACCCCAAGUGGAAGUGUGGACCCCGAGCGGACGUGUGGACCCCGAGCGGACGUGUGGGACAGGACCCCAAGUGGAAGUGUGGACCCCGAGCGGACGUGUGGGACAGGACCCCGAGUGGACGUGUGGACCCCGAGUGGAUGUGUGGGACAGGACCCCAAGUGGAAGUGUGGACCCCGAGCGGACGUGUGGGACAGGACCCCGAGUGGAUGUGUGGGACAGGACCCCGAGUGGAUGUGUGGGACAGGACCCCAAGUGGAAGUGUGGACCCCGAGUGGAGGUGUGGGACAGGACCCCGAGUGGAUGUGUGGGACAGGACCCCAAGUGGAAGUGUGGACCCCGAGUGGAGGUGUGGGACAGGACCCCGAGUGGAUGUGUGGGACAGGACCCCGAGUGGAUGUGUGGGACAGGACCCCGAGUGGAAGUGUGGGACAGGACCCCGAGUGGAUGUGUGGGACAGGACCCCAAGUGGAAGUGUGGACCCCGAGUGGAGGUGUGGGACAGCACCCCGAGUGGAGGUGUGGGACAGGACACCGAGUGGACGUGUGGGACAGGACCCCGAGUGGAUGUGUGGGACAGGACCCCAAGUGGAAGUGUGGACCCCGAGUGGAGGUGUGGGACAGGACCCCGAGUGGAUGUGUGGGACAGGACACCGAGUGGACGUGUGGGACAGGACCCUGAGUGGACGUGUGGACCCCAAGUGGAGGUGUGUGACAGGACCCCGAGUGGACGUGUGGGACAGGACCCCGAGUGGAUGUGUGGGACAGGACCCCAAGUGGAAGUGUGGACCCCAAGUGGAGGUGUGGGACAGGACCCCGAGUGGACGUGUGGGACAGGACCCCGAGUGGAUGUGUGGGACAGGACCCCGAGUGGAUGUGUGGGACAGGACCCCAAGUGGAAGUGUGGGACAGGACCCCGAGUGGACGUGUGGGACAGGACCCCGAGUGGAUGUGUGGGACAGGACCCCGAGUGGACGUGUGGACCCCAAGUGGAGGUGUGGGAUAGGACCCCGAGUGGAGGUGUGGGACAGGACCCCGGGUGGACGUGUGGACCCCGAGUGGAGGUGUGGGACAGGACCCCGAGUGGAGGUGUGGAUCCCGAGUGGACGUGUGGGACAGGACCCCGAGUGGAGGUGUGGACCCCGAGUGGACAAGUGGGACAGGACCCCGAGUAG